AUGCGCCAACCGCCCAAAAAUGUCGUAAUCGAAAUCGAGUCCUCACCUGAACCACCUUCGCCCCCCAUCCAUCCUCGCUCUCUCCGGGCACGCUCACCCUCGAAGACCCCUGCACGAUCUGUAGGCCAUGCAGGCACAAGCGCGAAAGGCAAAGGCAAGGCACGAGCACCGUCUCGUACUGUCAAAGCCAUGGGCCCAGUCAUCGAGCUAACCGACUCCGAUUCCGAUGAAGUGGUUCCUGUUACACCAAAGCCUGCCCCUGGCCCUUCGAACCCCAAAACUCUUCGUCCAAACCCUGCCGGAACGUCCACGUCUCAGGAAAACAUCGGCUCCGUCGCGCCGACGUCCAGCCGGCAGAAGAGAAAGCUUCCACUAUUCCUGCAGUCGCAGAGCGAUGAGGAGAACGAGCCGCCGAUGUUCCGACUCGACAUGUCGUCGAGCCUGGCUGGCCUCUCGAGUGGCGGAAGGUCGGCGAAGAGGGUCCAUCGAAGCGAGAAAGAAAGGGAGGACAAAGGAAAGGGGAAGGCGACGGCGGUUGGGGUCGAGGAUGGGCCUGUGGAUCACGCGGCGCCAGCAGCAGCGGAAGGAGAAGAUGCGGUCGAUUGGGACGCGGAUUUUUGGAACAAGCCUUUCCCUUUCAUGAUGGACGGGUACGGUCUGGCGGAGCCAGAACCCGUUCGCGAUCCAACACCUCACCCUCAAGUUAUUGAACCAAUCCAACCUCCAGCCCCAGUCCGCGUUCCGCUACCACAGCCUCAAGCACCCCAGCCUCUUCAGCUUGUCGCGCAACCAGUGCCGGUGCCACCAGCCCCUGUCGCUGAACCUGUCCCAGAACCUUUCCCAGAACCCCCACCGGAACCGACUCUAGAAGACCUCGCCUCCCAAGUCGUCGCCCAAGUGCUCGAAAUCAUCCCAGACGUCGAACCUACUCACCUGCUCGAACUAGUCCGGCCUGAGGUGGAAGCAUACGGUGUGCAGGGGUGCGUCGAGCGUGUCGUUGGUGCUCUGUUCGAGCAGGCUGGUGGUUACCCGAAGGUCGAGAAGAGCAAACCCGGGCAGCAAGCUGGUGAAUCGAAGCAGAAGGACGGUGGGGGACAAGGCAGUAAGAACGGCAAGGAAAGGCAAAGGGACGAAGAACCAGAAGGCGCUGGAAGGGAAGCGAAAAGGGUCAAAGUUGACUAUGCGAGCGUGGAGAGGGUUUUCGAGGGUGGUGUUAGGUACUUCGACGCAGCACUGACACAACUCCAAGCCGACUUUCCAUUUAUCCCCAAGCCUUACCUACGACGGCAGCUUCAAGCACAAAGAUCCUUAUAUGCGCCGACGCACCUCAAAAUCGCGGCGGAAGAACGCGAGUUAGCUGUUACAAGAGACCGUAGACCAUACACACUCAAGGCAACCGCGUACAAGGCUCUGAAGGGCAAGGGUCGGGCUGUCGUCGACGAAGCAUUCGAGAAAGAGAGGCGGUGGUUGGUGGCGCAUUUGGAAGGGCGAGAAGCUGGCGAUGAGGAGGGCGCAGCUGAACCGCAGGUUGAGGUAGCAGCGGAUAAAGGGAAAGGCAAGGAGAAGGCCGCAGACGAAGAGCCACCCUUGGAGGAGGGCGAAGGUAUUGAGUGUCAAUGCUGCUUCUCCGAGUACCGUUUCGACAAAAUGGUCCAAUGCCCUGAAGCUCAUCUUUUCUGCGACGACUGCGUCUCCCAGUACGCUGCCACCAAAUUGGGCGAACACGAUGUCAAUGUCGUUUGUAUGCAUUCCUCCGGAUGCGCUCAGCCCUUCCCAACCUCAGAGUUACGCCGCGUCCUCACCGAGACGCUCAUGUCUUUGUACGAACGGAUCAAGCAGCAGAAGGAGAUUGAGGCUGCGGGUAUCGAGGGGCUGGAAGAGUGCCCAUUUUGCGAGUGGAAGUGUGUCAUUGAGGCUUCCAGGGAGGAGGAAAAAUUGUUUAGAUGUGGGAAUGAGGACGGAGGAUGCGGUGUUGUUAGCUGUCGGGAAUGCAAGAAGCCGGACCACUUACCGAAGAGCUGCAAAGAAGUCGAAGAAGACAAACACCUCGACGGUCGGCAUGCGAUUGAGGAGGCUAUGACUCGCGCACUCAUGCGCAAUUGCCCCAAAUGUAAUAAAGCCUUUGUCAAGGAUGCCGGCUGCAACAAGAUGACGUGCCCUCAUUGCCGUACUCUGUCAUGCUACGUCUGUCGGAAGGUCAUCAACGGCUACGAACAUUUCAACCAAAAUCCUCCUGGCCGUCCGUCGACAAGUCAACAGAACGGGAAAUGCCUGCUUUGGGACCAAGUUGAAGAACGACACGCCGCAGAGGUGAAAGCUGCAGCUGAAAAGGCUCUCGCCGACUGGAAACGCGACCAUCCUGACGUCGAUGAAGAGAACGUGAAGGUCGAUAUUCCAAAAGCCGUUCCCCAACCAGCACCAGCACCCGCAGUUGCCAUGCCAGGUGUUGUUGGGCUCCCUCACGGCUACCAUAUCGCCAUUAAUUUCGGUGCACAUCCACAUGCGGUCCCACCUAAUGCUAUCCAAAUAGCGGCGAAUAAUGCCAUGGCCCGGAUGUAUGGGGCUGCCCCUGCUCAACCUCCAGUUCCCGUAGUUCCUCCCGUUCCUGCUGCGAGACGUGGCCGGCGUCAAGCACCUCGCGCUGCCUUAGCUGCUGCACAAGAAGCCAACAGACAGUAUCUCCUGAAUCUCGAAGAGGCUGAGCGCCGUCGACAACGUGGUAUUUUGGAUCAGCAACGACAACAGCAACAACUCUUCGAAGCCGGCCAGCGCGCCAUCCAACGUGCCCAAGAAGUCGCGGAUGCGAACGCUCGAUUCCAGCAACAAAUCCUCGCCGAGCAGAACCGUCUCCGGCUCGAGGCUGAAAGACAGCAGCAGGAGCAACGUGAGCAGGAGCAGGCUCGAGAGCGGGAACGGGGGUAUGCCUAUCAAAGGCUAGUCGAAAUUGCGAGGGCGGAUGAAGCACGGAAGCGAGAGGCGGCUGCGAAGAUAGAGGCGGCGAACAAUCUGCAGCGCGACAGGGCUCGAAUGUACGCUGACGCGAUGAGACGCGACCAGGAGGCCAGGCAGCCGCAGCUUCAAGCCCUUGCCCAGAAUCAUGGAUACCUCCAUGCACCAGUCCCGCAAGCCAACGUCAACUUUGGUGUCGGUGUUGGUGUUGGGCAAGCGGGGGCCGCAGCUGCUCCGUUUCAUGCUGUUGCUGCACCAGCCGUGAGGACGAGGGCGCAAGCUCAGGCCAACGCCGGCGCUCAGGCUUUCCAGCUGCCGGCCCAAAUGACGAGGGCAAAGGCUGCUGCUGUUGUUCCGCCUCCUGCCACACAGAAUCCCUUCGUUGUCGCGGCGCCUCCAGCGCCUCAGGCUGGUCCAGCUCGUGCUAAGACAAACCGCAGGCAAGCGCGGUAA